AGUGUACAAUGAGUUGGCUGGUGAUGUAGAUUAUUUUUUGCUUAUGUGUUCCUAAAAAUGCCACGCCAAUACAUUGUGGGAUUUCUUCCGAUCUAUCGUCUCCCUUCCUCUUCCUCUGACACUGUUCAUGGUUUCCAGUUGCUGCGCCUUUCAAUUUCAGCCGUUUUCCCAGAAAUACAGGGAGUUAUGGUAUCUGCACAGAGUGAUUCACUGCGAAAAAUGGAAAUUGAUCCAGAUGUUAAGGAGGAGUGCUUUGAUAUCCAUCUCCAUUCAAGCCCUUGAAAGAGAAGCCAAAGCCCAUCAUAUUGAACUUUGAGAAACCACUUAUUGACCUACAGAAGAAGAUAAUUAAUGUUCAGAAGAUGGCGAAUGAUACUAGGCUUGACUUCAGUGAUCAAAUUAUACUACUAGAAAAUAAAUAUCAGCAGGUUCCUUGGCGAUAAUCAAAUCGGCAAAACCAGCAAUUUGAUAUAAUAUAAAAGCAGGUCUACCAUUUCUGAAUUCUCCUUUCUCCAAUAAUCUGUAUUUAAAAGCCAGCAUAUACCCAAAGUUUUAUUGUAGCUAAAGUACUCAUGAAGAGGAUCCCAUAAAGAACAACGCAAAUCAAAAGAGGCUCUUGAGGUUUUGGUCUCUCUUCAACCAAAGAAUUUCUGUUCCCUAAUCUGUUCUUUUUAAUUCAAAUCUAAACACUGAAAAUUAUGCCUGUGACAACAUCACUGAUAUUAUUGGAUAAUUUCAUGAAGCUUGCAGCCUAGCAUUUGAUUAGGGUGCAAUUGGUACAUUUGACUGCCAAUGAAGACAAAGAGUAUAUGUUAUUUUGCAAAAAAUCAGGGAAGGUAUGUUGUUGAUCUUUAGAACACAAGGUCUGGUGUCUUAAAUGCGAGCUUAGUAAAAGGCGUGUGUGUAUCUUAGUACAUGCAUUCCAAAAGUGCAGCAAACUAUGGUCCUCAGAUUCCAUUGGUUAACUUGGUUUAAUAUUGAGAGUGCAAAGGAUUUUGUUUUGUUUUUGAAGUCAUAUUAAUAAAUAAUGUAUUAUUUA